AAUGAGAAACUGGCAUUGGCCUCCACAACCUUUACAAAGAGGCUUCCGUUCCAUUUUCUAUCUAUCUCCUCAGCAGAAGACAUUCACAAAAUUUUAUGAUGUCAACACUCUGUAUAUUUUGUGGGGGUGAGGAGAGACAAUCAAGCAAUAAUUCCCGCAUUUGGCGAUUCCUUUCUUUCUACAAUUCCAAAUUUCCUCAUUUCACACACUCUCUCUCCCCCUCGCUCUCCUACACAACAAACAAACAAACAAAAACUAGAAACGUUUAAAAGCAACAAAACCUUCGAAACUAACUUCUUCACUCCCCUUUUAAAAUCUAGAAAGAGAAAAAUUGUUUAUAAGAAUAAAGCCAUGCGCCUUUCUAUUUUGACUUUGAAGAAUUCAAAUUUCUUCUUUCAUUCUUCCUUUCCUUUCCAUCGUUCCAUCCAUAAUCUCCCUUUCUUUUCUUCUAUCCAAUCAUUUCAUUCAUUUUUGAAAACCCCCAGAUAUCUAAAUCCAAAACAAAAAAAAAUCAUCCUUCCCCCGUUAAAUUUACCUUCUUUCUCCGUAACAGAAUUACAUUCCUUUUCCAGUCUCCAGCAUUCCUUCAAGGUUCCAAACUUUUGGUUUAUUAAGGGGAUCAUACCUUAAUUUCCAUCCUUACAAGUCUUUCUUUGAUUAAACCUGGGUUUGUUUUCUUAAUCAUCAAUUAAUAAACCCCAUCUAGGAAGUUUCUUGUUUCUUGAUGUUUUUUCAUGUUGUUUAACGUGUUUUGAUGAAGCUUGUCUUUUGCAGUUUUUCCUUAUUUAUGAUAUAGAUAAAUGCAGGUGAUGAUCUAUUAUUACUAUUACUAUUCUUCUUCUGCUCUGUCACAAACUAGAAACUGAAAAGAAGCUUCUUUCUGAUUCUCUCUUCAACUUUAAGCAAUUUCUUAAUCAUUUAAUCUCUUCAUAAUCCUCCUUUUCUUUUUCUUUUUCUUUUUAAUUUUAUCAUCAGAAUCUCUACCAAAUAGACCUUCCAAUCCAAUUCAUCCUCCAGAUAGGGGGAUGUUUGUUUUACUAGUUCUCUUGUCAUUUAUUUUUUGACUUUUGCUUGUUUUGAAAUUCAAUUGAUUUGAAUUGUGAAAAGAAGGAAUGGGUUGCGCAAGUUCUAAACAAAAGCGAUGCAAGCAUUGCCAGACACCGUAUUCACCGGUGCCUCGAAGCUAUUCCAUGCAUGUUGUUCAUCCACCACGACAAAAAGGCGAUAGCUACCAUGUGGUGGCACUCACCUCCGCCACAUUAGGUACACUCGCGCUUGAUUCUGCGAAUCAGAAUCAGAAUGGGACUGUUGAUGUUGCUGUGAAAGGCGAUGAUCAAAGGAAGAAUGUUAGUGAUUUUGACGGAUCAAAUGGGUUCGUGAAGGAUAGUAAAGAAUUGAAUAGCAAGGAGGAGUUUUCGAUGGGACUCAUUGAGGCCAAGACUUGGUCUAGUAUGAUCCAAGAAAAAAUCCCAGAAGUUGUUCCAAGGACUCCAAUUAUGACAUCACCUGGAGAGCCAGAAACUAUCAAUACUUGGGAAUUGAUGGCAGGGCUUGAAGAUAUGAUGACUCCUCCUCAUUUGUCUCAUCGGUUUCGCAGUUUCUCUUUUGAUGUUUCUCGUGAUCCAAGAUCAAUACCUGAUAGUCCCAAAAUGAAUUUGCAGCCGAAUGGCACAUUGUCUCCCGAUAAUAACACGCCUGGGUGGCUUCAAGUUGCAGAUGAGGAUGCUAAUUCCAAGUGUCCGGAAUUCGAUCCUGAAGUCAUCUCUACGUUUAGAAAAUCAUUGGAAGAGCUCUCUCCUACACAUUCAUUUUACAUUAAGCCAUUAGAUAGCGAGAAACGGCCUCAUUUUGCAAGUGAUGAUUCGUCAUUGCUUGUGAAUGAUGUUGUAAAGGUAAAUUUUGUUGCAAAAGAUUGUGAGCGCAGUAAGGAUAAGUUAGUUGUUUAUUUUACAAGCUUGCGAGGGGUGCGCAAAACAUACGAGGCUUGUUGCCAUGUGAGGUUGAUAUUAAAAAGCUUAGGAGUUCGCGUUGAUGAACGAGAUGUAUCAAUGCAUUCAGGGUUCAAGGAGGAGUUGAGAGAGCUAAUGGGAGAAGGGUUUAGUGGGGGAGGGUUACCAAGAGUGUUUAUUGGGGGAAAAUACGUUGGCGGAGCAGAGGAAAUUCGGCGAAUGCACGAGGAAGGACAAUUAGAGAAACUGGUUGAAGGAUGUGAAAUGUUGGGUGAUGGUGGUGGAGGUGGAGGUGGAGAGGCUUGUGAAGCUUGUGGGGAUAUCAGAUUUGUGCCUUGUGAGACGUGUUCAGGGAGUUGUAAGAUAUAUUAUGAAGGUGAUGAUGAAGAACAGGAAGAGUUAGAAGAAGGAGAAGAGACUGGUGAAUAUGGGUUUCAGCGUUGCCCUGAUUGCAAUGAGAAUGGACUAAUACGCUGCCCCAUUUGCUGUGACUAGUUUUCAGUGGAUACUCAAGAUUUUCGUUUCUCCCUAGUCUUCUUUUUUUUGUUUCAAUUUUUUCUGGGUUUUUCCUUGUGCGUUGUUUGUUGUACAGCGGGUUUUAUGGGAUGUUUGUAGGGAGGUUCAUGUGGGGAAAUGCAAUAGAAGAAGUAGGGAAUACUUUAUCCUAAGCAGGUUUAUUAGAUCCUCAGUCAUGUAUUCUGAUGGUUAUAUACUUUUGACAAGGAAAAAAAAAGGUCGUGUAGUCCUUUUUCCCUUUCAGGAAGUUCAAUAUACUUGGAAGAGUGAUAUACUCACUCUCUCUCUUGCUCU